CUCCUUCAACUACACAUUUACCAAUACCAACCAAACUCACUCUCUCUCUCUCUCUCUCUCUCAAAAGAAAUACUCACCUUGUCUAGUAUGGCAGAAAAGGAGCAGCAACAAGCGUAUCCCCUGGCCCCUGCCAAUGGCUACGCCCGAAGCGAUGCCGAGGCGGGCAUGGCCGAUUCCGAAGAGCUCCGCCGCCAAAAGCGCAAGAAAUUGUUGCUAUAUAUUGCAGCUUUCGUCGUCUUCCAAACAGCCAUCAUAGUGUUGUUUUCGCUAACCGUGAUGAAAGUCAAAACUCCCAAAUUCAGGGUUCGCUCUGCCACGUUCGGCACUUUUGAUGUUCAACCAACCAGCCCUUCAUUCGCCCUGAAUGUGAACGCUCAAUUCGGGGUCAAGAACACCAAUUUUGGCCCGUACAAAUACGAUAGCAACACGGUUUACUUCUACUACAAUGAUAUUCAAGUUGGGGGUGCAGUUAUCCCCAAGUCAAAAGCAAAUUUCCUGUCUACCAAGAAAAUCAACGUUGCAGUGGAUCUCACAUCAGCUAAUAUAUCGACCAAUACUAGUUUGGCAAGUGAUUUAAAUUCGGGAACUUUGCCAUUGACCAGCAGAUCCAGAUUGAGUGGAAAGGUGGAGCUAAUGUUAAUUUUCAAGAAGAAGAAAUCCGUCGAUAUGAAUUGCACCAUGGAUGUCAAUAUAUCAACCAGAGAACUCCAGAAUGUGAAGUGCAAGUGAUAUUAUAAAUACAUUUUUUAUGUUAGGUUUUUGAGUUUUGAUUCGUAGAUGUAUUAAGCGAUCUGUGAUUGGUUUUGUAGCUCUUACUGUGUAUGUUGUAUUUAUAUUUAUUUCAUUGAAAUAAAAGUUACACUUUCCUUUGUAUAUCCAAUGAUUAAUACUGAUUUUUCUAUCACACAUAGUAUGAAGGGUGGAUAAAUGAGCCAAACGAG